AUGGCUUCCUCGGACGACAAAUGCAUGCUGCACAGAGGCAGGUCUCAAAGUGACCCGAACAUCCUCAGCGAGUCGGGCAUCGAUUCCACACACAGUGCAGAUGUGAUGGAGCAGCAGAGGGUGGUGCGCUCCAGCUGCCUGGUGAGCAGUGUGCACACUCCUCCCAUCCGCCGUCACAGCAAGCUGGCUACGCUGGGGCGUCUCUUCCGGCCUUGGAAGUGGAGGAAAAAGAAGAACGAGAAGAUGAAGCAGAGCUCCACAGAUGUGGCCUUGGCCAGUGGCCUCCACUCUCUGAAUAUCAGCUCUCCCAUUCAGAGUGUUUCGGAUGCGGAGCUCCGGUUACCUGGCUCACAUGGGCCUAUUCUCAGCAUCAGCAGCAUGGAGUAUCUCAGCUCAGAACAUGAGCACCUGCCUACUGUCCCUGAUUCCAUAGAAGACGGUGCAUCAAUAGAAGAGCCUAACAAUACUGAUGAGGAGGAAGAGGAAGAUGAGGAAGAGCUCAGUCCUGUAGAUAAUGAUGAGUGCAGAGAUGCUAAUAUAGAGGAAAUCGAGGAAGAUGAAGACGAAGUGCCUAAACGACAGUCUCCUCUGAGUAAUCAUUGCAGUCAGGUCGCUCAGCUUAACAAUGAGGAAGACCCUGCUAGCUUCACUCUCACAGCAGUGCCUCAGCCCAACACAUUUCUCCCUAAAGAGGUGCCCAGGGUACCAGAAGGUCCUAGUCCUGUUCUUCUCCGAGGGCCUUUUUCCAAUGCAGUGAGUUCACCUCAUAUAGGAACCCUGCAUCCUCCUUUGCCCCCUAGCAGUAUCAUUGAGGAACUACACCGUGCCCUGGCAACUAAGCUUCGGCAAGAUAGUACGGAUCGAGAGCCAAGUGGGGAGGUAGAAAUAAGGAAGGAAGCAGAGGAGAAUAAAGAGAACAUGAGACAAAGCAACUGCUUCACUGAUGCCUCAGGAAUCAUAUAUGACAUCGACAGCUGGAACGAAUCUGUCAUUUCUGGUACAUUGCCACGGCGAAUGAGAAAGGAGCUGCUGGCUGUGAAGUUGCGGAAUCGGCCCAGCAAACAGGAACUGGAAGACAGGAACAUCUUCCCUGUGCGCAGUGACCAGGAGAGACAAGAAAUUCGCCAGCAGAUUGAAAUGAAGCUCGCCAAGAGACUCAGUCAACGGCCGGCCGUUGAGGAGCUUGAGAGCCGAAAUAUCUUAAAACAGCGUAAUGACCAGACAGAGCAAGAGGAGAGGAGAGAAAUAAAACAGAGACUAAACAGAAAGCUGAAUCAGCGGCCCACAGUCGAUGAACUGAGGGAGAGAAAGAUCCUGAUUCGUUUUAGUGACUAUGUAGAGGUUGCAAAAGCCCAGGAUUAUGACAGAAGAGCGGACAAACCCUGGACUAGACUGUCUGCAGCUGACAAGGCUGCCAUCCGGAAAGAGCUGAAUGAGUUCAAAAGCACUGAGAUGGAGGUACAUGCAUCAAGCAAGCACCUAACAAGGUUUCACAGGCCGUAGAAGCGGAUUUUCUUCUGUGAAGAAAGUUAAAAUAGACGUACUGUGGCGAAAUCCUGGAGAUGACGUCAUCCAUGGGAAGUUCUUAUCUUUACAGCUUUCCUGGUCUUGGGUGCAGUGAAUAAAAUAAGCUCCAAAACAGGGGCACAGCACCCUGAGGAGAGAACAGCGGAUGUGGACCUCCGCUCUGUGGCUGGAGAAGAGGGGCCAUUAUGAAAGGAUUUGUGAUGUUAAAACUGAGUUUUUAAAUAACUGCUGAAAGAAAUCAACUCUGAGUGAAAGUUUGUGUGCAUGCAAGAUCCACUUUAAUGGAAAGAAGAAAAAAAGUCACUUGAGGGGCAUAAGCCUAUUAAUUAAAGUGUUUCAUAUGAAAUGUACAAAAUGCAGUCUGUUCAAACAACAGAGUGGUUAAUAUCUUUAUUUGAAGAAAAAAGAGAGAAAAAGACUUUUACGCAAUCUGACUUCAGAAAAGUGCUUUGUCUUAUUGUCAGUUAUGAGUGUCCAGUGCCCCGGACUUUCACCUUACAUGGUGUAGUACUGAUCAAGCAGACGGUUUUGUUUUAAUGGUGGUAAGCAACCCAAACAAAGUUACAUGUGCCAAUACGUUAAUCUUAAUUAAUCUUUUCCUGAAUUCAUAUAAGGUGUCCAACCUUCUCUAAAACUCUAAAGGGUUUGUUUAUUUUUCCCUGUGGAGGAGCCCUUAGGUUAUACAUAGAACCCUGUGACAGACUUUACAAAAGGCUUCAGACAUAAACGCUUUAGAAAACAAGACCCAUUUUCUAUCCAGUGAACUCUUGAAGAACAUGUCGUAGUCUAAACUGUCAGGACAUAAACUCAGAGUUUAUAGACCCAGAAAUCCAUCAAUUUACACACAACCUAUGAACUCAUCAUCCGUACUGCAGUGUUGUAGUAAUAACGACAUUAGAUAUUGAUUCAAAUUAAUAAGCUGGAGAUUGCACCAAAGGCACUGGCUUAAACAUUUUGAUCUGUAGUGAAAAAAGACAAGAUUCCUGUUAUGCAUUACUGCUGUGAAUAUACGUUUUUGUUGUUUUAUUUAG